AUGAAGCUCUGGAUUCAUCUCUUGUAUUCAUCUCUCCUUGCCUGUAUAUCUUCACAGUCCCAAUCUCCAAUGUCCUCUGCAUCGACCAGAGGUUCUUGUGACUCUCUUUGCAAUUGUGAGGAAAAAGAUGGCACGAUGCUAAUAAACUGUGAAGAGAAAGGUAUUAAGAAGUUAUCCCAAAUUAGUGUGCCACCAUCACGACAUUUCCAUCUAAGUUUACUAAAUAACGGCUUGACAGUACUUCACACAAAUGACUUUUCUGGGCUUACCAAUGCUAUCUCAAUACACCUUGGAUUUAACAAUAUUGCAGAUAUUGAGACUGGUGCAUUUAAUGGCCUUGGCCUUCUUAAGCAACUUCAUAUCAAUCACAAUUCUCUAGAAAUUCUUAAAGAGGAUACCUUCCAUGGACUGGAAAACCUGGAAUUCCUACAAGCAGAUAACAAUUUCAUUACAGUGAUUGAACCAAGUGCCUUUAGCAAGCUCAACAGACUUAAAGUGUUAAUUUUAAAUGACAAUGCUAUUGAGAGUCUUCCUCCAAACAUAUUUCGAUUUGUUCCUCUAACGCAUCUAGAUCUUCGUGGAAAUCAGUUGCAAACAUUGCCUUAUGUUGGUUUUUUAGAACACAUUGGCCGAAUAUUGGAUCUCCAAUUGGAGGACAAUAAAUGGGCCUGCAAUUGCGACUUAUUACAGCUAAAACUUUGGUUGGAAAACAUGCCCCCACAGUCUGUAAUUGGUGAUGUUGUAUGCAACAGCCCUCCAUUUUUCAAAGGAAGCAUACUAAGCCGGCUGAAAAAAGAAUCAAUUUGCCCCACUCCACCAGUAUACGAAGAACACGAGGAUCCUUCUGGAUCAUUACAUCUGGCAGUAACCUCUUCAAUAAGCGAUAGUCACAUGUCAGCCAAGACCACGUCUCUUUUAAGACCACCCACCAAACCACCAGGUUUAAUACCUUAUAUUACAAAGCCAUUCACUCAACUUCCGGGACUCUACUGUCCUAUUCCUUGUAAUUGCAAAGUACUCUCCCCAUCAGGACUUUUAAUACACUGUCAAGAGCGCAAUAUUGAAAGUUUAUCAGAUCUAAAACCUCCUCCACAAAAUCCUAGAAAGCUUAUUCUUGCAGGGAAUAUCAUUCAUACAUUACUGAAGUCUGAUUUAGUGGAAUACUUCACUUUGGAAAUGCUUCACUUGGGAAACAAUCGUAUUGAGGUUCUUGAAGAAGGAUCAUUUAUGAAUUUAACAAGAUUACAAAAGCUUUAUCUGAAUGGUAACCACCUGACCAAAUUGAGUGGAGGUAUGUUCCUUGGUCUCCACAAUCUUGAGUACUUAUAUCUUGAAUACAAUGGUGUUAAGGAAAUAUUACCUGGAACCUUCAACCCAAUGCCUAAACUGAAAGUGCUCUAUUUAAACAACAACCUCCUACAAGUUUUACCACCACAUAUUUUUUCAGGGGUUCCUCUCACAAGGAUAAACCUUAAAACAAACCAAUUUACUCAUCUACCUGUAAGUAAUAUCUUGGAUGACCUUGAUUUACUGACCCAGAUUGACCUUGAGGACAACCCCUGGGAUUGUUCCUGUGACCUGGUUGGAUUGCAGCAAUGGAUACAAAAGUUAAGUAAAAACACAGUGACAGAUGAAAUACUCUGCACCUCUCCAGAGCACUUACACAAAAAGGAAUUGAAAGCACUCAAUAGUGAACUUCUUUGCCCAGGUUUGGUCAAUAACCCAUCCCUGCCAACUCAGACUAGUUACAUCAUUGUCAAUACUCCUACAACCACAACUACAGCUGAUAAUAUUUUAAAAUCACUUACUGAUGCUGUACCACUAUCUGUUUUAAUAUUAGGUCUGCUGAUUAUAUUCAUAACUAUUGUGUUCUGUGCUGCAGGGAUAGUGGUUCUUGUUCUCCACCGCAGGAGAAGAUACAAAAAGAAACAAGCAGAUGAGCAGAUGAGAGACACCAGUCCUGUGCAUCUCCAGUAUAGCAUGUACGGUCAUAAAACAACUCACCACACUACUGAAAGACCCACAGCAUCACUCUAUGAGCAGCACAUGGUGAGCCCCAUGGUUCAUGUCUAUAGGAGCCCAUCCUUUGGCCCAAAGCAUCUGGAAGAAGAAGAAGAAAGGAAUGAGAAAGAGGGAAGUGAUGCAAAACAUCUCCAAAGAAGUCUUUUAGAACAAGAAAACCACUCCCCACUCACAGGUUCAAAUAUGAAGUACAAAACCACAGACCAAUCCACUGAAUUUUUAACCUUCCAGGAUGCCAGUUCAUUAUAUAGGAAUAUUUUAGAGAAAGAAAGGGAACUUCAGCAACUGGGAAUCACAGAAUACCUAAGGAAAAACAUUGCUCAACUUCAGCCUGAUAUGGAGGUACAUUAUCCAGGAGCCCAUGAAGAGUUAAAGUUGAUGGAGACAUUAAUGUACUCAAGGCCAAGGAAGGUAUUAGUGGAACAGACUAAAAAUGAGUAUUUUGAGCUGAAAGCUAAUUUACAUGCUGAACCUGAUUACUUAGAAGUCCUGGAGCAGCAAACAUAG